AACCCCACGCUCGCCAUCGCCCCUUGUACAAUCGCUCUCGCGACGCAGCGCACGUCGAUAAUCACUGCAGGGCAGAUCCGGGACUUUUUUGAAUCGAGCGAUCAAGUGCUACCAGCAACCAUGGCUACCACUGCGCCGCCCAAGGCCAAGCACGAUUGGGCCGACGACGACGACAUCGAGGAGACCUCCUCCGAGCUGCCGCCUCCCCAGACCAUCUCUAACAAGGAUGGCACCAAGACGAUCAUCACAUACCGAUACAACGACCAGGGCCAGAAGGUCAAGACGACUCGCCGGGUCCGCUACAUCACCCAAACCGAGACAGUCAACCCCCGCGUCGCCGCCCGGAAAACGUGGCCCAAGUUCGGCCUGAGCGCAAAGGACCCCCCGGGCCCUGCCCCCGACACCACCUCCGUCGGCGAGAACAUCAUCUUCCGCCCCAGCGUCUCGUGGCGCAAGGAUGCCAAGGAGGAGGGCGCCGACGCCAACGCUCAGGCCAUGAAGGACAAGCUCAAGGACAAGAAGGUCAAGUGCCGUAUCUGCAACGGCGAGCACUUUACAGCCAGAUGUCCUUACAAGGACACCAUGGCCCCUGUUGGAGAGACGACCGCCGCCGAGGCGCCCGCUGGUCUGGCAGACGAUCUCGGUGCCGCUGCUGGCGCUGCCGGGGCUGGCAAGAAGGGUUCCUACGUGCCGCCUGCUCUGCGUGGCGACCGCGGAGCCGGAGAGCGCAUGGGUGGAUCAAAGUACGGCGAGAGGGACGACUUUGCGACACUGCGUGUUACCAACGUCUCAGAGAUGGCGGAAGAACAAGAGCUGCGCGAUAUGUUCGAGCGUUUCGGUCGUGUCACCAGAGUCUUCCUCGCCAAGGACCGGGAAACCGGCAUGGCCAAGGGCUUCGCCUUCAUCAGCUUCGCAGACCACAGCGAUGCCGUCACGGCAUGCCAGAAGAUGGACGGAUUUGGUUUCAAGCAUCUCAUUCUCAGGGUGGAGUUUGCCAAGAAGGCUCAGUAA